UGAAUGUGGGAUCCCUCCGCAGGGUUGCUAAGGGUGAAACUUUUCCCCUGACUUCCCUCACUUUGGGCCAGGAGGAGGGAGGCUGCGGGAUCCCAGCGGACUCAGUGACCCCCCUCCCCAACACAGCACCCUACAAAACACAAGGGGACCCCCUCAUAAAGAACAAUCCAAGCACUUUCUACACCUCCUCCUCCUCCUGCUGCUGCUUCCAAAGCACAGCCAGCCCAAGUCCUAGGAUUCUGACACACAACUACCGACCAAAGAAUAUGCAUCUGGAGAUCAAGGUCGCUCUGAAUUUUAUUAUUUCAUACCUGUACAAUAAGCUUCCAAGGCGAAGAGCAGACCUGUUUGGAGAAGAGUUAGAGAGGCUCUUAAAAGGCAAAUAUGAAGGUCACUGGUACCCAGAAAAACCACUGAAGGGCUCCGGCUAUCGUUGUGUUCACAUUGGGGAGACUGUUGAUCCGGUGGUAGAGCAGGCAGCAUGCAGGAGUGGGCUCAACAUAGAAGAUGUAAGAGCAAAUGUACCUGAAGAGCUGAGUGUGUGGAUUGAUCCAUUUGAAGUCUCUUACCAAAUUGGGGAGAAGGGAACAGUAAAAGUUUUGUACCUGGAAGAUGUUGAGAGCAGCACAGAGCUGGACAAGGAGAUCAAGAGUAGUUUCAAUCCUGAGGCACAAGCAUUCAUCCCAAUCACGACUCAAGAGACCUCCCUGUCUAACUCCCCAUCUCCAUCCUUUGGCCAGUCUCCAAGCCCCACUUUCAUCCCUCGUGCCACCCAGCCCAUUACCUUCACUACUGCCACAUUUGCAGCCACCAAAUUUGGCUCAACCAAGAUGAAGAAAGGUGGACAGCGCAUGGCAAGAUCGCCCACAAAUAACCUGGUGAAGCACAAGGGUCUCUCUCUGUCCAUGCAUUCACUGAACUUCAGCCCUGCCCAGGGAGCUCCAUCCCAGCUUUCUCCAAAUGCCAAGGAGUUUGUCUUCAGUGGACCACCAGGGCUCUUUUUUGAUGGCGAUAGCCAGAACCUUCCAAGCCCUGGCCAAUUUGCCUCUCCCUUCAACACUGGGAGCAGCCUAUUCAAUGAGAAAUCCCCUUUUGUUGAUGGAUUAAACUUCAGCCUUCCCUACCCAAGCCAACCUUUCCAGCCUGUGGUCCUGGCUAAUUGAGGUUAUUGAAUUUUUUUCCUCAUGGUUUUUUUUUUUUUUUUUUUAAGACCCAGAAUAAAAAUCAAACAGAAAAUGUGUUUUGAUUUUAUUUAAUGCAAGUGAGAAUAUUAUUUGGAGACAGAGUAUUUGGGUUGCAUUGCUACUGGACACUUGUGAAGUUCUUACCUUUUUACAAAAAGAUGAAUAUAUAUGUGAAAUCAAGAUAUGUAGAUUAUUAUUAUUAUUAUUAUUUUUUUCAUGGGAUUCAUUGGAAUAUAUAUAUAUAUAUAUUUUUAUUUUAUUAUUUUGGGGCUUUAUUUUUCCCCUCAAGCCCAAAGGAGGAAUGGAAAUGUUCUUGGUUUCUAUUGGUCGGUAUGGGCAUAUCAGAAGAGCUGUGGCAGGAUUGCCACACUAACAAAGUGACUGGUACAUUUAGCAACUUGGUACACUCUUACAUCCUUUACAACAUCAUCCUCUGCCAGCCUGGAAGAACAACUUGCCUCAAAUUUUGAAAACUAUCAUAUAUAUAUAUAUAUAUAUAUAUAUAUAUAUAUAUAUAUAUAUAUAUAUAUAUAAUAUUGUAUGUAUGUCUCCUUUCUGUUGCUGCAAUUCUUUAUUGGCAUUCUGAUCAAUAAUAUCUGCUCCUUUACUCCUCUAGCACUUCAUGUUUCUUAAUUUAUGUAUAAUAUAAAUUGACAUAAUUUUUUUUUUUUUUAUAAACCGUCCCCCUCCUCCCCCCAAUCUUUCAUUGGUGCAUAUCGGCCAUGCAUGUAAACUUCAAUCCGGAGAAGAGAUUGCAUUUUCAAGGAAUUUUUAUUUUAUCUUUUAAUGCAGGACUCAUUCAUUAUACACUAUACCAUGCAAGUACUUCUGUCAGUCCUGUAUAACCUGCACUGCCUCCAAUCUAUAUGCAUAUGGUGAUUAGUCUAUGACAAGCUUAGCAACUUUGUGCUAUUACACCACAAACCCCAGAAUUCCCUGCCACCAUUUUUUUUAUAAAAUCACAAAGUCAACACCUUUUUAUAUACCUCUAUUUCAGUUGAGUUAUUAUUUUUUUAAACGUCUCUAGUUUCUAAUCAACCUUUAGUGGAACUGUCACUAAAUAAAUGUGUUCUCCGCUUAAAAUCAAUCCCUACUCCCGCUUUCUGUAAGCAGAAGGCUGGUUUUUGCUGUGGAAUAUUUUUUCCCCAUGACCCUGCAAUGUUGCUGCUGGGUGGGGGGGGGGAAACCAACCCCGGAGGUUGCAAGCUGAAACUAGCGAAAAUAGGCAGUUUGGGCACCCAAGCAGCACUUUUUGCAAUGCGACUAGCACUCUGGUCAGGUUUAGCUGUUUUAUGCUGCUAAACCAGGUGUGCGUGUGACAAGUGCAAAGAAAAAUUUCAAUUGCACCCCAUGAUUUCCCGUAAUAUUAGACAGGAGAUUGUGAGCACAGCUGGCACAAUAAAGAAUUGACUUCUCACUUAUAAGCCCCACCUGGCUACUUGCUCUCUGACUUGUGGAGGCACUAUAGAGCAAAUACUUUUUUUUUUGUUCCCUUUUUCUUCUGCUUCUUGUGCUAUGAUGUAUUUGAUCCUGUGACUGUAGAUGUAUUAAACUGGCAACAUAAGGCCAGUAUUCCUCCUUUCUCCAGAUCACUAAAAUGCAUCAUAGAACUGGGAACUCAACUUGCCAGCACUUCUUUUAAGGUGGGAUUUAUAGCAGAGCUUCUUUAUCUGCUAAGCAGUAUUAAAAUCACCUGAGCCCCUUACACUAUGCUUUAUACAGUGAUUUCCUGUGUUCCCGACUACAUUGGGUGGUGUUUUUUUUUUUUUUCCUUACGAUUUCUGACCUUUUUAGAACACACAUUUUGGUAUAUGAAAAAUACACAUGCUAUUGCAGGGCCAAAAUAAUGGCAUUGGGUAAAGAAAAAGAUAAUAUAUUAAAUUUUAUAUUCUAUCUAUAUUUUUAAAGUGGUUUCUAAAUCCAUUUUUUUAUUUAUUUUUAAGACUUUUUUUUGUUUUGGAACAAGCCUUGUGAGUAUCAGUAAUGUUAUAUAAAUAUGAGAGAGAGAUUAACUAAAGAAAAUUAAAAAAAUAAAUAUAUAUAGCUCAGUGUCUUUCAUUUACAAAGGUGUCCUUGAUACAAACAGUGAGGCUUAAUAACCAGAUUAAUACAAGAUUGGCAACCAUGCCCAUGUUGUAUUUCAGAAAUAAAGCGCUUGUGUGUUAGAAGCCGGAGGGUCCUUCCUUUUUCAGUCAUGCCAUUUGGAAAAACUCCUUUUGAUUGGUGACAACUUAAAUAACAUCCGUAUUAGGCAACAUGGGUAAAUAGUGGCGAAGACUGGGGUAGUGGUCUUUCAAAACAGGAGUUAGAUUCUAAAUCCACAGGUGUGGUAAUUGACCAUGCUUUUGGAUAUCUCUGGCAGUCAUUUGUGACUUCCAUGUUUAUAAGCAAUAAAGAAAUAAAAUCUAUCCCAUCAAGAUCUGGGGUCUUAUGUAAUAGCUUCUGAGCUACAUGCUCUGUGGUAAUUCCGGGGCAUCGGCCCGUAUUUUUAAAGCCGCAAUCAUUUAAAAGGCAUGACAAACCUGAUUUUGCCUUUUAACUACUUGCCUCUUUAAAAAUGAGACAGACUCACCGGAAUUUCAACAGCUCGCAGGCUAUUACAUAAGCCCCGUGGUCUUGUGAGUCUUGCUUUAGCCCAUUGAGCUUUAAAACAUGGACAUAUUUGCUGAAUGAUUCCCAAAGUUUAGCAGGUCAUUGCUCCAGCUUUGCUUGAGUAAACUGUUCUGCAAGGUGAUUAAACUCACCCAGGCUGUCAUAGCAUAAGCUCCACUUGCAUUCAGCCUUGUGCAAGAACGAUUGUGGUACAUGCAGCCCCAUACAGCCUAUUAUGAAUGCGUACUAUUUCUCACCAUGGCAGUAUUGCUUUCAAAAGAAACCGACCCUUUUAUAUAGCUCCCCCCCCCUCCCCUUUUUUUUUUUUUUUUCCUUUUUUUUCUUAAAUAAAGCAGAUGGCUGCACUCUUGUCCAUCCACUGAUAUUGAUUAUACAUUAAAUGGAGAAUGUAUAAAAAAAAAAUGUAAUACAUAAGCAGUUAUUUAUUUCUCCAUUGCUCUUGCUCUGUGUGGUAGAUUUUGGUUAGUUUAAAAGUUAGUUUAAAAUUUUGGUUAAACAUAAUUAUAUUAUUAAAUUUUUCUUACUCUGAGCUUUUACGAAAAGUGUUCAACCAUAGACAUACCUUUUAUACUUUAACAGAAUGUUAGGCCAUGUUCUCACAGCUUCCCAACAGCAUAGUAUACACUCAACUACAUUAUAUGUAACUGUAUUAAUGCUUCUGAGUUUCUCUGACCUAAGUGAAUGCUUUCUAGAACGUAUCUGUGUAAAGAGGGUCAUUAAUGCUCUAGUGUAAGAAGCAUAACAAUAAUAAUAAUGAAAACCCUAUAAUUAGCAUUUCUUUUUUUAUUUCAACCCGAAGCAGUAGUUUGUGGUUUGUUAUGCUUAUAUGAUCAUGUUGUCUUCAGAAAAACAAUGUGUGAAAAAAAAAAAAAAAUACUCAAGUGGUCACAGACCUAUAGGUCAUAACUUGCAUAGAACCUUCAUGCCUCUUACCAAGUGUUGUGAGCCCAGCAACUAGUUGAACUUUAAUAUUGGUUUUGGGAAUAACGUUAGUGUGCUGUAGGUUAAUAAAUUAAUCUCAUGAUAUUUUUACAUAUUUGAUUCUGAGGUCACUUUGAAUCUGAGAGAAAUUCUAAUUAAAGAAGAAUUUUAUUAUCGCGGAUUAGUGUAGAGAUUUCUGUCUUAAACCUUCUAGGCCAUAAAAGAGAUGGGAAAACAUAGUAAAAUCUUAGAGGAAAUAGUUUUUUUUUGGGAUGGGGGGGUUUGUUUGUUUUUUUUGUAUAAUUUUUUAUCUUUGCUGGAUACCUUUCCAGUUGAAAAGAAAAGCAGUUUGUCAGGUAGUAAGCUUACAAUGCUCUCACUCAUAAUUUUUUGUAAAGUUACUGGAGAGAAAAAGUAUUCAGAAUUUGCAUACUCCACUCCUUCCCGCCACCAUUGUUAGUUUACCUAAGGCAAACUUUUAAAUAGAUAGGCCGGCAUCCUAUUAGCCACAGUAAUUUACUGCACAAUAAAAAUGGGCUUUUAACGCGAUUUUUGCCCAAUGGUAUCAUCGAGCCAUCUUAUGAUGGCCUUUUUUUACCGUGCAGUAAAUUAUUCUAUACCGCAUGGAAACACAGGUUCCGUGAAAAGCCCCAGACCUAUGUAUUUCCGCAGCAGUGAUUGCGCUUUUGAAGCACCGUUAUCAGGGUUUUGGUUUUGUCUCCUGAGGCAGGCUGAACAAAACCCCCGAUAAGUGCCGGUGGUCGGGGCUAACAGGAUAUUUUCCGGGGGAUCCAUUAGCCAUGGUAAUUUACCAUGGCUGAUUGUUACACCCCCCCCCCCCACCCCCACAUAGCGUUUCAAAUAAGAAGUGGUUGGAGUACAUAGUAGGCAUGCAGUAUGCUGCCAAAAUGGACUGCAUACUGGUCCUUAUUUUAUUCACACCUUGUAGAUGUCGCCAGAGGUAACUUGUAAGUGCAAUAAAAGCAGAGGUGUUAACAUUUUAGGUAUCGAUCUCUAUAUUUGGAUGAUUGGUUUCCCUUCUAGCAAAUUGAACAGUAGUCCUUUUCAACUCUGCUUUCAAAAGUAGAUUGGUAAUUUAAUAUGUAAUAUAUAUUUCCUUAUAAUGUACAGAUAAGUGUGUGGCUUAAAUUUAAAACUCAUACCGAAUUGUCAAUAUAGUUUAGUGAGAAGUUUAUUUUUCUUUUAUUUUUGUUUUUUUCUUUUCUUUUUUGUGGCCUUAAAAAGCUACAUAAAUGUAAGUUAUUUGUGCUGCAAGGAGUGCAGCUUUAUAAUGUGUAUGACCUUUUUUAAAUUUUAACACUUUUGUCAGCACUAACAUGUUCAGUUCUGUAAUGUACAAACUUCUAUAAUUUCUAAGUUAAAAGAAAAAAAAUCCCUAAUUGCCCUUUUCUAUCUUAAACCUAUAUAAAUGUCACUUGUGAGCUAAUUUGGCAAACCACAAUAGCAGGACUUCAGAGUAUUCUAAUGAACUGCUGUUUAGUUUAUAUGACCUUGUGUAAAUACUGCAUUGUCACGUAUUUGUAAGGUCUAUGAAGAAAAUUCUUACUAUAUGAUCAAGUCCAAUACUGCAAGUUAAUGACAUGCCAUAACUUUUUGCAGUUAGGCCAUCUUUAAGGCAUUGAUACAGAUUACACAUCUCAGCGGUCUUUAUGAUUUUAUGGGGGGGGGGGGAGGGGGGAGUACACAUUAGUCCUUAAGGUUUAUCCUUGACAUUAAUUUCAUUAGCAGAAGGGCUCUUCAGCUACUGAAUAGAAUUCAUGUUAAUCUCUCAAAUGUAAUUCUAAGUAUACUGUAUACUACUUCACAAGUCUGGAACUACUACAUUUUCAGGUUGCUACACUGCAUUUUCUCCGAUAACUAGAUAUAUAUUAUAUAUAGUAUUUUUUUUAACAAAAAUAAAACACUAGUCCCUAUGUGUUUUUUAGUUUUUAUUUGCAUUUAUAAAAAAAUAUAUAAAAAUAAUGAAAGUUUGCUACAUUUGUAAAAUGUGAGAGGAAUAUAUUCUAAAUAUAUAUUUCUAAUGUACAUUAAGCUACACUUCUGUUCAGGUUUUUUUUUUUCUUAAGGAAAAAUUAGAAAAAAAGAAACCCCCAAGGAAUCAAAAUAUUUUUUCAAAAAAACUAAACAAAAAAAUAAAAAAAAUCAUAAAACUGCCUCUUAAAGCGGAUACAGUGUCUAAUGUUGUACAGAAUUGAGAAUUAAAGAUUAUAAUCUUUAUAUUAAAAUAUUGACUUGUAAAUGUUACACUAUAACAGGUUUUGUUUUACCUUUAUGUUUAACGCAGGUCGAUGGGUGGGAAGGGGGAAAUUUUUAGUUUAUUUACUGAAAAACAAAAUGAUAAAAUAACUUGAUUUUUUUUGUGUAAUUUUUUUUGGAACAUUGUGCAAUAUUUGAUGGCCUAAUGGAGUGUUAAGUUUCAGAUGUACAGUUUAUAUUGUUCCAAAGUUUUUUAAGUUUGUAUUAAAAGCAUGAUAUUAA